CCGCCCCUUCCUGCCCCUUCCUGCGGCGGGGCCGGGCCGGGGGGUGUGCGGGAGGAUGGACGCGGUGCUGCUGGCCGCCGCCGCGCUGCUCCUCGCCGUCCUCCUCGGCUUCGCCACCCGCCUCCGCGGGCAGGCCAGGGCAGCUGAUGAGGAGCACCAGCAGAAUGUGGCAGCAGCAGCAGUGGCCAGGCCUCGGGCCCACCCUGAAGAGAGGGGAGAUGGGAUGCCAAGGCGCCGGAGGAACAUGGGAAACAGGCUGAUGGCCCAGAGGAGGGCACAGCAGGCAGAAGAUUGGCUGGAAGAGGAAGAUGAUGCUGAGGAGGUGCCAGAAUUUCAAGUGUCUGGGAAAAUUGGAGCAAAGAAGCAGAGGAAAUUAGAAGAGAAACAAGCCAGAAAAGCACAGAGAGAGGCUGAAGAAGCAGAACGAGAAGAACGGAAAAAACUUGAGUCAAAAAGAGAGGAGGAAAGGCGGAAAGAAGAGGAGAGACUACGUCUGGAGGAGGAACGACAGGAGGAGGAAAAAAGGAAAGCAAAGGAAGAAGAGGAGAAGAGAGAGUAUGAAGAGUACCUGAAGCUGAAGGAGAGUUUCGUAGUUGAAGAGGAAGGGGUUGAAGAAUCAAUGACAGAGGAAGAGUCUCGCAGCUUUCUAAUGGAGUUUCUUGACUACGUGAAGAAAACAAAGGUAAUCCAGCUGGAGGACUUGGCUUCACACUUGGGUUUAAGGACACAGGAUGCAAUUAACAGGAUCCAGGACCUGAUGGCAGAUGGCACUCUAACAGGUGUGAUUGAUGACAGAGGCAAGUUCAUCUACAUCACUCCAGAGGAGAUGGCUGCCGUGGCUCAGUACAUCAAGCAGAGGGGCCGGGUCUCCAUUGCAGAGCUGGCCCAGGCCAGCAAUUCCCUCAUCAACCUCCAGCCCGACAGCCGGGCGGUCGCUCCGCCCGUGGCCUGAGCUGCACCUGUUCCUGAACCAGCCACACCUUUCAAAACCAUCAGGAACCCCCUCGAAUCCCUUCACCCUGCUGGAAGAGAAGAGGCUGGUUUGUAAGCUGCAAGACUUGAUCAAAAGGUUCUGUUUUCAUUUUCUUACAGCUGGUAUAAACCCAAGGGUCGUUUGUACAACCCAGGCUCGCCGAGAGCUUUGGGGCAGAAACACCCUGAUGUACCUGUGCCCCCUGAAUAGCAGUCAUUUUUGUUGCUUUAUCUUGGCAGCCAGUCUCUACCCAAACUUCUUUAUUGUUUCCAGGUCCUGAUGUCUGUAUCCAAUAUGCUUUGAUUGCAUUCAGAAUUCUCCAGGCUUGCUCUGUGCUUGCAGAGCUGGGGUAACGUUGUGGCAAUGACAAAUACAGCCCAGAGUAAUAGGGUGGGUGGCAAUAAUAGGAGUAAUAAGAAUCAGAAUCAGAAUAAUGCUGGGAUGUUGCCUUCUGUAUCAACAUUGCAAGGACAGAGUAGAAGGAAAACCCUGCCAGUGUGUGACUGUUCACACUGAAACUCUAGAGAUGUGAGAACUUCCAGAGGUUAUUUCAGAAAACUUGGGCUAUAUAAAUGUUUUCCUUGGUUUCUGGAAUAUAAAAGGCUUGCUCACAGCCAAGCUGCAUUCCUUUUUUUUCUGUGGCCAAGAGACAGAAGCACCUCUAGGGAAAGGCCUCGUGAGUUGUGCAGGUCAGGUCUGCUGAUACCAGACUCUGGUGAUUCAUCCUUUGAAGUAAGAGCCAGCUCAGUGUCUCUGAAGGCCUCACACACCCCAUGGCCUUUGUGUUUUGGAUGGUUUUUAAAAAUAAAAAAUAAAUUAAAAAACAAACCAGGCACUGUGAGUCAUGCAAUUAAUGUUGCAAGUGAUUAUGAGUAUAUUAAUUAGCAGAGUCAAGUAUAUUUCCUGUGUAAGGAUAUAUAUAUAUAUUUUUAAUAGCCUAAUUGAUGCUUUGUUAAUUCUCCUUUCUGAAAUCAACAGAAUCUGUGUGAGUAUAAAAUAAUUGAGAGGGCAAGAGGGGCUGGUUUUGUCCCUGCCAAACUUAGAGGUCACCUGAGCAAACAAAAAGCCACGUUGUCAGUGAGAUGAGAUGGCAAUAAAAGGGUAGAAGGAAAGUGAUUUCCUCUGGAGUUUCUGCACAGCUGCUGCAUGUGAUGCCCUGCAGGGGUGCUGGAUUGCAGGGCAGCACCUCACCUUGGGGUGCAGGGUGGGUACCUCAUUCCUGUGUUGCAGUGAUGAGCAGCAAAAAGAUGACUUGAGGUUUGACACCUAAUAAUUCAAAAUUUGGGUUUUGCCAUGGUGGUUUUUUUUUUCUUCUGUCCUAAACUGUUCUUUUCAUAAAAUAAACAAUGUUGGAAGAAUUGCAGGUA